AUGGCGACCGCAGAAACGAAGAAAACUGCCAUUGUGGUUGGUGCCGGAGUCGGUGGCAUUGCAACGGCAGCACGAUUGGCGAAAGCCGGCUUGUCUGUCACAGUACUUGAAAAGAACAACUUUACGGGCGGUCGAUGCAGCUUAAUUCAUCAUGAGGGAUAUCGAUUCGAUCAAGGGCCUUCCCUUUUACUUUUACCAAAGAUGUUUAAAGAAACAUUCCACGAUCUCGACACUUCACUCGAAGACGAAGGGGUAGAGCUACUAAAAUGCGAGCCUAAUUACAAUUUGUGGUUCGGAGAUGGAGAGAAGUUCGAACUCAGUACGGAUGCGAGUGUAAUGAAGCGAGAGAUUGAGAAAUGGGAAGGAAAGGAUGGGUUUGAAAGAUAUUUGCAAUGGCUUGGAGAAGCUCAUCGGCAUUAUGAAUUGAGUGUGCGGGAAGUUUUGCACAAGAACUUCACAUCGAUAUUCAACAUGCUACGACCUAGCUUUCUUUUCAACGUCUUUGCUCUUCAUCCUUUCGAAAGUAUAUACUCUCGAGCUUCAAAGUACUUUUGGACGGAGAGAUUAAGACGGGUUUUUACCUUCGGGAGUAUGUAUAUGGGGAUGUCUCCAUUCGAUGCUCCUGGCACAUAUUCCCUUCUUCAAUAUACGGAGCUCGCUGAAGGUAUUUGGUACCCGGUGGGUGGGUUUCAUGCUGUCGUUGAGGCUCUCGUCUGCAUAUGCGAGAGAUUAGGAGUCGAUAUACAACUCAAUUCAGCAGUGGAUUCGGUAUUAACGUCUGACGAUGGCAAAACUACAACAGGAGUUCUUUUAUCUUCCGGCAAAAAGCUCAAUGCAGAUCUCGUCGUUAUUAAUGCCGACCUCGUCUAUGCCUACAAUAAUCUAUUCCCGACCUCCAAAUCCAAUUCCUACGCCAAAUCUUUACAAAAACGAACGGGCUCUUGUAGUUCCAUUUCUUUCUACUGGGCUCUCUCUAAGAAAAUUCCACAACUAAAUACCCACAAUAUAUUUCUCGCAGAUGAAUAUCGCGAUUCAUUCGACUCUAUCUUUGAUAGGCAGUCUAUUCCUGACGAGCCUUCAUUCUACGUGAACGUACCCUCGAGAAUUGAUCCAACUGCCGCCCCGACAGGUAAAGAUUCCAUUGUAGUUCUCGUUCCCGUUGGCCAUCUUCUGAAUUCGGCUACGCCCAAUCAUCCUCAAGGCGACGGCUCUGCCACAUCUGGUACUGGCAUUCCAAAAGAACAAGAUUGGGAGUCUAUCGUACAGUCUACUCGGCGAAGGAUACUGCAAACGAUAGAAUCACGAACGAAAUGUGAGCCGAUCGAGCCAUUGAUUGUUCAUGAGGAACUGAAUACGCCUACAUCAUGGGAAUCGCGAUUUAAUUUAGACAAAGGAUCCAUUCUCGGACUUUCUCAUUCUUUCUUUAAUGUCCUCGCAUUUCGCCCCAAAACUAAACAUCCCGAGGUUAAGGGUGUAUAUUUCGUAGGUGCAUCGACGCAUCCAGGAACCGGCGUACCUAUUGUUCUGGGAGGAGCAAAGAUUACAAGUACACAAAUCUUGGACGACUUGAGGAUGCAGUGUCCAUGGAAAGAAAAAAGCAACGUGGUUUCCGAUGAGGGGGUCAUACAAGGGAAAGGGACGAGAAACCUGGAUAGAAUUGUUAGGCAAGGAAUGAUGUCGAGUAAUUUUGGAAUCUUCAUAUUGGCAUUGAUAGCGUUGAUAUUUACGACGGGGUACAUUAAUGGUAAUAUGAGAGUUUCGUGA